CUUAAGUUUUACUUUUCAGUAAAACUCGAAAGUUAUAAACGUGUUGGUCAUGUCUAAACAAUUUUCCUUUGACUCAUUUUUCAACAUUUUAAUCGUAACCAUAAUUAUUUUUCCGAAUCAAACCGAAAUGGUUCAUCAUCGCAACGGGAAAUUUAUAAAAAAUCAAAAAGAUAAUAACCAAUGCGGCCAUCCCAUUGGAAUGGUUUCAGGAAAAAUAGUUGGUGGUUACGAUGUUGGGUAUUAUAAAUAUCCAUGGUUUGUUGCGUUGUAUAAAUAUGGCAUGCCUUAUUGUGGAGCUACCUUAGUUACAAAAAAAAGUAUUGUUACUGCUGCACAUUGUUAUCAGCAAUAUGUACAAAACUCGAAAGGAAUUGAAAAUGAAUACGAUUUAAAAAUGGGAACAUACAAUAUUUGUAACACCCACGAACACGAAUUAAAAACAUAUCGGGCCCGAAAAGUUUACAUCCACGAAAGAUACGCGAAAGAAGAUCCCUAUUUUGAUAUAGCCUUAAUCGUUUUGAAGGAAAAUGUUAAAUUCGAACCAGCUUGUCUUCCUAGCAAACCUUAUGGAAGUAAAAGUAGACCGAAAGAAGCCAUCAUAGCUGGAUAUGGUGUUUUAAAGUUUCAUGAUAUCAAAGUCUCUUGUGUUAUGAGGGAGGCAAGGAUUCGAAUUUAUUCUGAUAAAGAUUGCAAAAAGAUGUUGCAUAAAGCUGAUCCUGAAGUUGAGAAUUUUGUAAAUGCUUUUUGUGCUGGUUAUUUAGAAGGAGGUGUUGAUGCUUGUCAGGUAAAAAGAAAUGUUUUAUAAUUUUAUUUCUAUCUUGCAUUAUAACUAACAUGCACUUAAUAUGUUCUCAAUGCCAAAUAAUAUACAGGGUUUCCCAAAACUCCCGGGACGGAGCUAUAACUUUUAAACGAGUAAAGAAAAAUAUUUGAAAAUUUGAAGAGUCAUAAAAACUACAUUCUUAGAUAGUUUAGAACUUCCGUGCAAAGUGGAGUUUUUUAGGGGAUGACCACCCCUACAUUAUUAAAUAGCAACCCCUAUCGAGUUUUACCUUAUUUUAAAGGUAAGGGAAAAAGAAACACAACCCCAUAAA